AGAAGGCUUGGUCUUUACUUCAAAAAGUUUGCUUAUGUCAUUCAAAAACUUUGUGUAUAUCCAUGCUUUCUAGGUUGUGGAGUUUGACCGUCCGGAAGUACUGCUGAAUAAGACUGCUUCGGAGCUUCGUGUGCUUGUCAGGCAGACAGCAGGUGCGGACGAGAUAUUCGUCGAGUCAGAAGGUGCUGGAAGCGAGAGCUCGCCGGAAAUCAUGGAUAGACGAGAAAUCAAUGAUAGCGAAAGCGUUCCGGAAAUCGUCAACAAAGACAUUUCGCCCGACACGGAAAGUAUACCUGAGAUGUUGGAGAAACAAGCGAGCGACGAAGAAGAUGAUAGUGUAGAGAUAUUGGAUCGCCCAACAAAUCAGUCUAGUCUGGAAGACGAUGACAUAGAGGUGGUGCCCAAACCAAAUCCGUGA